GCUUCUACAGAAAGGAUGAUGAAGCCUACAACCAAGCAUGGGAGGCUCUGAAUACUCGCUAUGGCCACUCAUUUGUAAUUCAACGUGCAUUUAGAGAAAAAUUAAACAACUGGCCAAAGAUCGGCCCUAGAGAGUCAGUUAAACUGAGACAGUUUAGCGAUUUCCUAACUGCCUGUAGCAAUGCAAUGCCUCAUAUCAAAGGGCUUCAGGUCUUAAAUGACUGCGAAGAAAAUCAAAGGAUGCUUCACAAAAUCCCUGACUGGGUGACCUCUCGCUGGAAUCGUCACGUCACAAAGUGCUUGCGUCAAACAGAGGAAUACCCCAGUUUCAAAGAGUUUGCUGAAUUUAUGGCACAAGAAGCUGAGAUUGCAUGCAAUCCUGUGACAUCCUUUCAUGCAUUGAAGCAUAUUGACGAAAGGCCUGGUAGAGACACAAGGCGCCCAAAGGCUAAUGCAUUUAUGACAAAUGUGAAGGCACCUGAAAAUGCAAAUACAGCUAUGAAAGCAUGUGUAUGCUGUGGAGAAAGCCAUUCUAUCCACAAAUGCCAGAUGUUUGCUAACAAGUCCAUGAAAGACAAGAGAAGCUUUAUCUUUGACAAUAGCCUGUGCUUUGGCUGUCUUAGGAAGGGACACAAUUCAAAGGAAUGCAAGAAUAAAGCUACUUGUGGCAUAUGCAAGAAACAUCAUCCAACUCCACUUCACGAAGACCGCUCCUUUGUCUCUGCGAACACAUCUUCUGUUAGACAAGUACCAGAGAAUACAUCUUCACUUUCUUGUUGUCUUGACAGAUGUAAUGGUGGGAGCACCUCCAUGAUAGUUCCUGUGUGGAUUUCCACAACCACCUCUCCUGAAUCAGAGACCUUAGCUUACGCUUUACUAGAUACCCAGAGUAGCAACACCUUUGUAGACAAGGAGGUAUGUGAGAAGAUGGGGGCAGAUUUAGAGCCAGUUAAACUAAAGCUUACCACUAUGAUGGGAAAGGACUCCAUCAUUCAGAGUGAAAGAGUAAGUGGGCUUAGAGUUAGAGGGUUUUCCUCACCAUGCUUUAUUAACUUGCCACCUGCCUACACCAGAGACUUCAUUCCACUUGAACGUUCUCACAUUCCUACUCCUAAAACUGCCAAGGGAUGGAGACAUUUAAAGGGAGUAGCCCAAGAAAUGCCAGAACUGAUGAAUUGUGAGGUCGGACUCCUCAUUGGCUAUGACUGUUCCAGAGCAUUGGCUCCACGUCAAGUUAUCACUGGAGGUGAUGAUGAGCCAUACGCCAUCAAGACUGACCUGGGUUGGAGCAUUGUCGGUAGUUCACCACAGGCUGCUAAGUCGACAGAAGUGACAGGUUUAUGCCAUCGUGUAACAGUUAAAGAGAUUCCCCCAUUGACACCAGCCACUGUUAUCAGAGCACUCGAAUCAGACUUCAAAGACACCAGCCCUGGUGAAAAGAGUGUAUCACAAGAUGAUAUACAGUUCAUGCAAUUACUGAAUAAGACAGUACAUCAGAAUGCAGACGGUCACCUGGAAAUGCCCCUUCCCUUUAAGACACAUCCACAACUGCCAGACAACAAGCAUUUGGCCCUGGUUCGACUGAAGCGCCUGAAAGGGAAAUUUGAGAAAAAUUCCAAAUUCAGAGAUGACUACCUCAAGUUUAUGGAAGGUGUCUUCAAGGAGGGUGAAGCAGAGAGAGCUGUAUGCCAACCCAAAGCUGGAAAUGUGUGGUAUAUUCCACACCAGGGGGUCUAUCACCCUAGAAAGCCAGAUAAAAUUAGGGUAGUGUUCGACUGCUCUGCCAAGUAUGGUGGCACCGCUUUGAAUGAUCACUUGCUGGCUGGACCUGAUCUUACAAAUGGGCUCACAGGAGUGCUCUGCAGAUUCCGAAAACAUCCAAUAGCAGUCAUUUGUGAUGUGGAAAAGAUGUUUCACAGGUUUCACGUAAACCCUGAAGACAGAGAUUACUUACGGUUUCUGUGGUGGGAGAAAGGUGACACAGAAUCAGUGCCAAAAGAAUACCGCAUGAAUGUCCAUCUUUUUGGAGCAGCAUCCUCCCCUGGCUGCGCAAAUUAUGGAUUGAAGUAUCUUGCAAGCCAAAAUGAAAAAGAGUAUCCUGAUGCCGCCAACUUUAUCAAAAAGAAUUUCUAUGUUGAUGACGGGCUUUUUAGCGUAAAAUCUGUUGACACAGCCAUCAAACUAGUGAGAGAUGCACAAAAUGUCUGUGCAAGAGGAAAAUUACACCUCCACAAAUUCAUCUCCAACAACAGAGAAGUUUUGGAGUCAAUUCCUGAGAGCGAACGAGCUAGCGGAAUCCAAGAUGUAGACUUGACUUAUGAAGAACUCCCAGUUCAAAGUGUGUUGGGAAUAAAGUGGAGCGCUAACAGUGAUACCUUUUUCUUUAAGGUCACUCUGGAUGAAAAACCAGCAACACGGCGUGCAGUCCUCUCAACUGUAGCUUCUGUGUUCGACCCGCUGGGCUUCCUUGCUCCCUUCCUCCUGCUGGGAAAGAAAGUUCUACAGGAAAUGUGUCAAAGAGGCAUUGGGUGGGACGAACCUCUGCCCACAGAGUUAAAGCCACGAUGGGAGAGCUGGCUUAGUGACCUAGAGAAUCUCCAGAAGCUCCAUAUACCAAGGUGCUUCAUCCCAGAAGAAAUGGGAAAAGUCCAAAGAACAGAACUACAUCACUUUUCGGAUGCUAGCACCCAUGGGUAUGGACAGUGUUCAUACAUUCGUGUGGUGGGCGAAGACAAAGUACACUGCUCACUAGUGAUGGGUAAAGCUAGAGUUGCUCCCACAAAAGUGGUAACCAUACCAAGGCUAGAGUUAACUGCUGCCGUGGUCUCCGCAGCAGUAAGCAGCAUGUUAAAAGAGGAGCUAGAGCUUAAAAUUGAUCAGGAGUAUUUUUGGACUGACUCACAGGUAGUGUUGGGCUACAUUAACAAUGAAGCUCGAAGAUUUCACAUUUUCGUAGCCAAUCGAGUUCAAAGAAUCAGAGAAAUGACUGACCCAGCUCAGUGGCACUAUAUCAACACUGAUCAAAAUCCAGCAGAUCACUCUAGCAGAGGCCUCAAGGUGGCAGAAUUGAUAAGUUCAGACUGGCUGACUGGACCCAAGUUCUUGUGGGAAAGAGAGAUUGUCGCACCAAAGUUAGUUCCACAGCUUCUGUUGGGGGAUCCUGAAGUCAAAGUGACACAAGCGCUACAAACAAAUGUAACAGAAGAGAAAAACUUCACAAACAGACUCAAACAAUUCUCAAAAUGGCAUACAGCACUGAAUGUCAUUGCACGUAUCCAACAUCUAGCAAAGGGAGCUAAGGCAGCAGAGCCUCUUAAUGUUGAAGAUCGAAGAAAGGCUAGUCUUGCACUUGUAAAAUUGGCACAAAACGAUGCCUUUGAAGAUGAAAUGCAAAUACUCAGUCAUGACAAACUGCCCAAAAGUCAUCAGUUGUAUCAGCUUAACCCAAUAAUUCUAGAUGGUGUUCUCAGGGUGGGAGGGCGCUUAAAGAAUGCUUCUUUACCUCUUGACCUAAAGCAUCCAGUAAUCCUACCCAAAGAUGGUGAGGUCACACGCCUGAUUGUAGAUUACUGCCAUGAAAAAACUCAGCACCAAGGCAGAGGACAAACUCUUAAUGAACUGAGAGCAAAUGGCUACUGGGUCUUAAGUGGCAGCAAGGUUGUGGCAAAUCACAUUAAGCAAUGUGUGACAUGCAGGAGAGCUCGCAGGCCAACAGAAACACAAAAGAUGGCAGAUCUACCUGCAGAUCGCGUCAAUCCUUCGCCACCAUUCUCCUUCUGUGGGAUGGAUUGUUUCGGACCCUUUUAUUCUAAACAGGGUCGUAAAGAGAGUAAGAGAUAUGGCCUUGUAUUCACCUGUCUAUCCUCAAGGGCAGUGCACAUUGAAAUGUUAGAAGAUCUAACAACUGAUGCCUUCAUAAAUGCACUGCGCUGUUUUAUAGCUAUCCGUGGAGCUGUGAGACAAAUCAGAUCGGAUCAAGGGACCAAUUUUGUUGGGGCAAAAAAUGAGUUGGCAAAGGCUUUGAAGGAACUGGACCAAGACAGACUGACUGGCUUUCUUGCUGAAAAGCAAUGUGACUUCAUUAUGAACGUACCUGAUGCUAGUCACAUGGGAGGUGUUUGGGAGAGGCAGAUCAGAACUAUUAGGAGCGUCCUAAAUUGUGUCCUCUCACAGAGCACUGGAAGAAUAGAUGAUGCUUCUUUAAGGACAUUCUUCUACGAAGCCAUGUCAAUUAUAAACAGCCGUCCACUUGCUACCAACAACAUCAAUGAUCCCAAAAGCCUGGAACCACUCACACCUAAUCAUUUACUCACCAUGAAAAGCUCUGUUCCCCUGCCUCCACCAGGAAAAUUUGUAGCAGAGGAUCUGUAUGCCAGAAAGAGAUGGCGUAGAGUGCAGUAUCUGACUGAGCAAUUUUGGAGUAGAUGGAGGAAGGAAUAUUUGGGAAACAUCACCCUCAGACAACGCUGGCAUUCUCCAAGACGAAACGUAAAGAUUGGGGAUAUUGUCAUUGUCAAAGAAGAAGAGGUUCCCCGCAAUGAGUGGAGACUUGGAAGAGUACUUGAUGUUUGUAAAGACCAAGAUGAACUGGUGCGAAAGGCCACAGUACAACUAGGCUCUAGAAAGCUAGGAAAAGCAGGCCAGAAUGUAAUGAAUACAUCUAUUCUUGAAAGGCCAAUUCAUAAGUUAGUCGUACUUGUAGAGAACAACUAAAGUUGUUCCUAAACUUUAAAAACACUUUUGUACAGAGUUUACAGUGUAAGGUUUUAUAUACUCAGUUCUGGAAAUUACUAGAUUUAUUCAUUUUGGAAUGGAUAUCAUAAAUCGUAGUAAUUUGGUGGGAGUGUAACUGUCAGAAUGCCAUGUUAAUACGGAUAUUUUUGUUUAUUUAUCAUUAUACAUUCAUUGUUGUUUUAUUUCAUAUGGUUGUUAAAAAGGGCUAAAAAUCUAUACGAAAAGGUGUAAAAAUGAGGGUAAAAUGCGUUAAUAAAUAUACGUCUCUAAAAUAAUAUUUGGUUAAAAGAGGACUUUUAGUUUAGUGUUGCUUUACUGUGGAGCGUAAUGAGUCACGUGACGCGAGUUAGUUAGGCGGGUAACUGGAGAAUUAUGGGUCAGAACUAACUUGGCGGCAGAGAGAGAAGACUAACUUAGCAGCAGAGAGAGAACAACAAUUAAAGCUAACACGAGGUCUAAAGGCGCACACGUUUUCACGGUGUCCGAUGAAGGACCAGAGAGAGGGAGAGAGAAAAGGAGAAAUAAACCUUCAAAAGACAUCA